UUUUUCUCCUCUAAUUUUCUCAUGAAGAAUCUUAAAGCUUUUGUUCUCCUUAUAAACCCCAAGAAAGAAGAGAAGAAAACAAAAACAACUUCAAGCAAUGAUGGAGAAACAGAGUUACUUCUUCUUGUUUCUUUCUCUCGUCCCACUCUGUUCCUCAACAACUCAUGAUGUCAUAAACCCACCAACUGUCUUCCCUACAAACCCUACAACUACACCGCCUGCUACUACAUUCCCUCCGGUGACCAUAACGCCCACAAAUCCAGCUCCAGCACUUCCUAUUAACCCUCCAGUCACAGUAGUCCCUCCUACACUCACACCACCAGUGACCAACCCAGUGGCUCAGUACCCUCCAACACAACCCUCAGGGACGGUUCCUGUGAUUCCACCGCCUGUUUCCUCAAAUUCUCCAUCGGUUUCAGGACAAAGCUGGUGCGUGGCAAAGCCUGGAGCCUCCCAAACCUCACUCCAGUUGGCUCUUGACUAUGCCUGCGGGAUCGGUAAAGCGGAUUGCUCUCAGAUACAGCAAGGAGGCAGCUGUUAUUCGCCUAUCAGUCUUCAGAAUCAUGCUUCAUUUGCCUUCAACAGCUAUUACCAGAAGAAUCCUUCUCCACAAAGCUGUGAUUUUGGCGGUGCAGCCUCAGUAGUUAGCACCAACCCAAGUACUGGUUCUUGCAUUUACCAGACAGGUUCUGGUUCAUCAACAACGUCAACUCCAGUAGGAACAACAACACCAACUCCAUCCACACAAACAGUUAACCAGCCUCCUGUCACAUCAACACCUAUAACACCAACAGGAGGCGUGACAAUAGGGGUUGGAACUCCACCAGCUGUUUUUAACCCGGCGAAUCCUUCAUCAAACACUCUACCCAAUCCAUCCUCAGGAGGUUCAGCGGUUUACGGGUUUGAUGGUUCACCUAAUGGGAACAAUCCAACACCAUCAGACUCUACCAACUUGCAGAUUCACUUUGGUUACACUAUGGUGGUAACAUUGAUUCUUCAAGCAAUGCUAUUUCAUUAGAAAUAGAAUAUAUAUAGGAGUUGGAUUAGUUUUAUUACAUAGUUAUGCGCAAGUUGAAGCUCAUCUAGAGCA